GCGAAGGAAAUAUAGAGGUCUGAUACAUGGAGAAAUGUGAAUAUCUACACUGUAAACUACCCCACACUGACACUGAGAUGGAUUCUCCCAGAGCCUCUGGAACAGAACCCCUUGUUGCUACGGUGGACACUGGGCAGAUAACCAGUAAACCUAAUUGGUCACAGGUUAAAACAGAUGAUGGUGAAACGGAAUGGGAUUGUUUUCUGCAGGCGUACCUCACAAACCAAAAACGCCAAGAUGGAAUGUUUGGGAACUCUCUGGACAUUUACAUCAAUAUUCCAGAGGAGGAGGACACUGGGUUGGAUCUUCUUGAAGACCAACCACAUAAUUCUGAAUCGCUGUCGGACGUUGAAUGCGUCUCCAACAGUGUCUCCACUUCAGAGAAAGGGACCAGUAGAUGGGACACAAGCCCUAAGACACAGAAGCCCACAUGGGGUCCUGACCCCCAGUAUGGGAACUGCAGCACUAAGUCCAAUCGUGAAUGUGUGAAUAUAAAACCUUCCAGAGAACACUGUGCAAGAACUGACCAACAACAGAGUGACUCAAGUGAGUCAGUUGUUACCGAAAGCAGCCUUGUGAUUGUUGCACUGGACAAGCGGGUCAGAAUGGCUCCGGAGCAGUCACGUGACCAAAGGAAUUGUACAGGUAGAUAUGACAAGGAGAGUGUUAUGCGGUCAAACGCUCAUCCAUCUAUCAGAGAUAUGCCCCGGUGUUAUGUCCAGUGUGGGAAAAGACUAAGCAAGGCAGACAUUUUGAAAAUACAACAGCAAACUAGAAUGCGAGGGAGACACAAAUGUGACACCUGUGGGAAAACGUUCACCAAAUCCACUUACUUAAAACUACACAUCUUGACGCACACGGGAGAGAGGCCACACGGUUGUAAACUCUGUGGGAAUCGGUUCACCCAGUCAUCUUAUUUAAACACCCACAUGCGCAGACACACAGGACUGAAGCCAUUUUCAUUUCCUGUAUGUGGGCAAACAUUUAUCGACUCAAAAUCCUGCCAGAUCCACCAGCGAACGCACACAGGUGAAAAGCCGUACCCUUGUUCUCAAUGUGGCCAGGCCUUCAGUCACACCGGUAACUUUAAAAAAACACAUGAUGGCCUUCCAUAGCACUGAUGGUGCAGGGAAACCUCACCGAUGCACCAUGUGCGACCGAUGCUUCAUGAGUCUUACAAAGUUAAAUGUUCACAAGCUCCUUCAUUCCGGACUGAAACCACACUGCUGCUCCGAGUGCGGGAAAAGCUUCUGACUUCAAUCACAUCUGAAAGAUCACCAACGGGUUCACACAGACGCCAAACCCUUCUCCUGCAAUGUAUGUGGCAGCAAGUUCUCCAACUACACCACCUGGUCCAGACACAAACAGAUCCACACGGGCAACAAACCGCAGGAAUGCUCGCAAUGCGGGCUGAGGUUCCAAUUUCUGGCCACCCUGAAGACGCACCAGCGAAGUCACACCAAGGAGAAACCAUACACUUGCAGUUUAUCCGACUGUGGUAAACAGUUCAGUCAUGCGUUGAGUUUGCAAAUACAUGUUCGUACUCAUACAGGAGAGAAACCAUUUGCUUGUUCCACAUGUGAUUACAGAGCCGCGGACAAAUCGUCGCUCAGACCCCACGAGAAGAGACACACUGGGGUGACACUUUACUACUGUGAUGAGUGUGGGAAGUCCUUUUUAUUACCAUACAAGCUUAAUAUCCAUCAGAGAAUCCACACAGGGGAGAAGCCAUACCAUUGUGACAUAUGCGGGAAAGAUUUUGCCCAGCUAAGUAACAUGAAAACACAUCAAACACACAUCAAGGAGAAGCCGUACGCUUGCAGUUUCCCUGACCGCAGUUAACAGUUCAGUCAAGACUUGAGUUUGGGAAGACAUGUUCCGACACACACGAGAGAAAUCGUUUGCGUGUUGAACAUGUGAUUGCAGAUCCGUGGACAAAUUGUCACUCAGAACCCACGAGAAGAGACACGGGUGAAGCUUCACUACUGUGACGAGUGUUGGAAGUCCUCUUUUAAAAUUUCAAGUGGAGCUGGAAGUCCAUCAGAGAAUCCACACAGGGGAGAAGCCAUACCAUUGUGACAUAUGCAGGAAAUAUUUGGCCCAGCUAGGUAACAUUAAAGGGCAUCAGAAAACGCAUCAGAAAUAAAUGAAGUUUGUAUGCAGCAGGUGUGGCAGAGGGUUUGCUUUAAUGCAAUUAUUUACAAGACACAAACAAAGCCACUCGUAAGAGUUUUUCAUAUUGAUGCUUGGGAGGACACGCCUGCCCAGUACGGAUGAUAGAAACAGCUGUUAUAAGCUGUUGAGUAAAGCUUUACAAUGUUAUAUAUUUGUAUUUUGAUUGACAUGCUGAUCACUGGUAUUCCUUACCAUCACUGAUUUGUCAUUCACAUAGUUGCCUAAAUUAAGUCAAUACAUUUUUCUUUAAAAUCUUUCCUUUAUAUAUUUUCUUGUCUCUAAAUAAAUAAAUAGAAUUCUAAUCAAACUCCAACACUCCAUAAAAAAGUGUUUUCUUUUAAAUAUUUGUGAUUAUAUUCAAAGUCAUUAACACACAAAGAAACAAAGUGAAAUUGCCAUCAGAUUUCUGCCCUUUUUUAAAGAAACAUUUCAC